AUGCCUCUGAUCCAAAAUCUGCAAUGGCACUCCAAAGAUUAGUUCAAGCUGCUGUUUGGUUUCUAGGAGAAAAUGCUAAUUAUGCUGCAUCUGAGUAUGCCUGGGAGUCUGCAACACCACCCGGUACUGCAUUAAUGAAGCUAGAUGCUGAUAAAAUGGUUGCUGCUGCAAGUUCCCGUAAUCCUACACUUGCUAGCGCUCUGACAAGGCUUCAAAGGUGUGCAUUUAGUGGAAGCUGGGAGAUCCGCAUUGCUGCUGUACAAGCCCUAACUACCAUUGCAAUAAGGUCUGGUGAACCUUAUAGACUGCAGAUAUAUGAAUUUCUUCAUGCUUUGGCUCUUGGAGGUGUGCAGUCAAACUUUUCAGAAUUGCAGCUAAGUAAUGGGGAAAAUCAAGGUGCCAGUGGUACUGGUCUUGGAUCUUUAAUAAGCCCAAUGCUUAAGGAGUUAAGGUCCUAGAUGAAAUGUAUAGAGGCCAAGAUGACCCUGCCAG